UAAAUAGUGGCACUUGGCAGGCCAUGCUUUUACGAAGUCAGCUUUCAGUGGAAGUACCGACUUGGUUUUUAUCAUAACAAAUUUGUUUUCUGAGAAUUAUAAAUAUUAGGGAAAACAAACGCCCCGAGAAAAAUGGCACCAUUUAUACGCGACGACAAGCCAUUGGUCUGGGACCAGGGGGACCAGGGGGACCAGGGUGACCAGGGUGACCAGGAGGACCAGGAGGACCAGGAGGACCAGGACCAAAACCAGGACCAGGACUGGAACCAGGACCAGAACAUGAACGAAGAACCAUUCGCAGAGACCGUGGAGUACAAUGAAUUAUUCAAAUUAUAUCUGGACGUGUUAAAAGUCAGAGACAAUGUGGAGCUAAAUCUUGUAAAUCGCCUCCAUCGCUUUCCCGCUUACUCAAACCUCCUUCUCGAGUUUGAAAUUGCCGUCUACAGGAAGCUAGACCUCAUCAAUCAGGCGCACACCGCGGAUACUAUUGUGGAGAGCAGCGCCGUGAACCAGCAGAUCCGUCGACUGGUCCGUGAGAUCUGCGAAUUUGCUCAGAGAUUCAUGAUAUAAUAAAUAAAGAUUACG